GCCGGGCCGGGGGGGCGCGGGCGGCGGCGGUGCCCGGUGGGCCCUUCCGGCUGAGGGAUCCGCUCGGGGCCCGGCAGCCCGGUGCUGAGGGGGUGGGGAGGGAUCGCGGGCCCAGGCCCCGCCUUCCCGGGGCGCCCCCGCGGCGGCGCUGCCCUCCGGGCCUGGGCCCCUCGGAUGAGGCGGUAAGGCCGGUGCCCUUCCCCCUCCCCUCCCGGUUCCUGCCCCCCCCCGCCCCCUCCCCGCUCCCCUUCCGCCUCCUGCGGGGCCUCCAGCCGCCGCGGGCCCGCGCUCCCUGCCCCGCUCCCCAUGUAGGAGGGGGUGUUGGCGGCAGGGAGGGCCGAGGCCGGCGUGAAUGGUGCCAGGAGCGGGCGCUGAGCAAGUUUGAAGUUUGGGGGUUUUGGAGGAUUCCCCCCCUCCCCUCUCUCGAGCACAGUGGAGGAGGAAUGCCAAACCCGGAGAGACAUGGGGGCAAGAAGGACGGGGGCGGCGGGGGGUCCCUGCAGCACGCGCCUGGCAGCGGCAGCUCAAACAGCAAGGAGAGGCACCGGCUGGCCUCCAGGCACAAGAGGCAUAAGUCCAGGCACUCCAAGGAGUCACCGCUGGCAGCCCAGGAGACGGCAGCACCCUUGGGUGCGAUGAUCAAGCCGCUGGUGGAGUACGAUGAUAUCAGUUCGGAUUCGGAUACCUUCUCCGAUGAUGUGGCCCUCAAGCUGGACAGGAGGGAGAACGAGGAGAGGAAAGCCGACAGGAGCGAGAGGAUACAGAAGCACCGGCACCACCAGCACAAGCGCGUGCGUGAGCUGAUGAAGAGCAAACAGGCAGAAAAAGAGAGGAAGUUAGAAAAGAGCCUGGAGGCAUCCAGCAGGUCCGGGUCCACCAAGGAGAGAAUAUCGGGAUCCUCCAAGAGACUCCUUGAGAGCGACGAGCACCCCAAGUCCCUGUCCUCGAAGAGUAGCAACAAGGAGUCUCGGUCGGCCAAGGCACACAAGGAGAAAUCCAGGAAGGACCGAGAGCUCAAGUCCAGCCACAAAGAGCGCAGCAAAAGCCAUCGGAAAAGGGAUGCUCCAAAAAGUUACAAAACAAUUGACAGUCCGAAGCGGAAAUCCAGAAGUCCUCACAGAAAAUGGUCUGACAGCCCGAAAUUGGACGACAGCCCCUCAGGAGCCUCCUACAUCCAGGAGUACGACCUCAGCCCUCCCCGCUCUCACACAUCCAGUAACUACGAUCCCUACAGGAAGAGCCCCGGCGGCUCCUCGCGCCGACAGUCAAUCAGCCCACCCUACAAGGAGCCCGUGGCUUACCAGUCGAACACACGCUCUCCCAGCCCUUACAGCCGGCGGCAGAGGUCCAUAAGCCCCUAUAACAGGAGGCGUUCGUCGAGCUACGAGCGAGGCAGCGGGUCGUACAGCGGAAGGUCACCCAGCCCUUACGGCCGCCGGCGCUCCAGCAGCCCUUUUGCCACCAAGCGCUCUGUGAGCCGAAGUCCCAUUGCCAGGAAGUCUGUGAAGUCCCGAAGCCGAAGUCCUGGGUAUUCAAGACACUCAUCAUCUCACAGUAAAAAGCAGAGGUCUGGGUCACGCAGUCGCCAUUCCAGUAUAUCACCGACAAGGCUCCCGCUGAACUCCAGUCUCGGGGCAGAACUCAGCAGGAAGAAAAAGGAGCGAGCGGCGGCGGCAGCAGCUGCAGCCAAGGUGGAUGGCAAGGAGGCGAAGGGCUCACCUGUUUUCCUGUCUAGAAAGGAGAACAGCUUAGCUGAACUGAAGGAGCCCGGAACAGAAUCUAAAAAGGUCGUCAAAACUGCUAAGUCUGAAAAAUCAUCUUCAGAUACGGAAUUAGUUAAUUUACUGUAUACGAAUGCAGAGACUAAAGCCCCUGCAGAGACAACAAAAAUCAAGGCAGAGGAGAACUCUGAGAGGAAACACCCUGUUCCAGUUAGAGAGUCAAAACAGACGGGAACAAAAGACUUGAAGCCUGUAGCAGUGGUAGAGGACCUCCUAUCUCCGAAAGAGACAGACACAGCAGAGAAGGAGAUUCCACCCCCACUACCCUCAAUAAAAUCACCUCCACCACCUCUGCCGACAACCACGCCACCGCCUCCAGCUCCGCCGUUGCCACCUUUGCCUCCAUCACCUGCUGUUCCACCUUUGCCACCAUCCCAACCGACUCCCGUUCAGGUCCCUACUUCAGCCCCAACGUCUUUGCCAUCUUCUUCCCACCCAAGGACGUCUACUUUAUCCUCUCAGGUGAACUCUCAGUCCUCUGUCCAAGUCGCUACAAAAACACAAGUGUCUGUGACGGCUGCUAUCCCACACCUGAAAACUUCAACAUUGCCUCCGCUUCCGCUCCCCCCUAUUUUAGUUGGGGAAGAUGACUUGGAUAGUCCAAAAGAGAUUCUUCCUCCAAAACCUGUGAAGAAAGAUAGAGAGCAGAGACCACGACACUUACUCACGGACCUCCCGCUCCCUCCAGAGCUCCCUGGAGGGGAUCCAUCUCCUCCUGACUCCCCGGAACCAAAGGCAGCCACACCACCUCAGCAACCGUUCAAAAAGAGACCAAAAAUCUGUUGUCCUCGGUAUGGGGAAAGGAGACAGACGGAAAGCGACUGGGGGAAGCGUUGCGUGGACAAGUUUGAUAUCAUUGGAAUUAUCGGAGAAGGGACGUACGGGCAGGUGUACAAAGCCAAGGACAAGGAUACAGGUGAAUUGGUGGCUCUCAAGAAGGUGCGACUGGACAAUGAAAAGGAAGGUUUCCCCAUCACGGCCAUCCGCGAGAUCAAAAUCCUUCGGCAGCUGAUCCACCGCAGUGUUGUAAACAUGAAGGAAAUUGUCACGGACAAACAAGAUGCACUGGAUUUCAAGAAGGACAAAGGUGCCUUUUACCUUGUGUUUGAGUACAUGGACCAUGACCUAAUGGGGCUGCUAGAAUCUGGCUUGGUACAUUUCUCAGAGGACCAUAUCAAGUCUUUCAUGAAACAGUUAAUGGAGGGGCUGGAUUAUUGUCACAAAAAGAAUUUCCUUCAUCGAGAUAUCAAGUGCUCCAACAUCUUAUUGAACAACAGUGGGCAAAUCAAACUUGCAGAUUUUGGACUCGCCCGACUCUACAGCUCAGAGGAGAGCCGUCCAUACACAAACAAAGUCAUUACGUUAUGGUAUCGACCUCCAGAAUUGCUGCUAGGUGAGGAGCGUUACACACCAGCCAUAGAUGUGUGGAGCUGUGGCUGUAUCCUCGGGGAACUGUUUACAAAGAAGCCUAUUUUUCAAGCCAAUCUGGAACUGGCUCAGCUUGAAUUAAUCAGCCGGCUCUGUGGGAGCCCCUGUCCAGCGGUGUGGCCAGAUGUCAUCAAGUUACCCUACUUCAACACUAUGAAACCGAAGAAGCAAUACCGAAGGCGCCUGCGUGAGGAGUUCUCCUUCAUUCCUUCAUCUGCUCUCGACCUGCUGGACCACAUGCUGACGCUAGACCCCGGCAAGCGCUGCACAGCAGAACAGGCCCUGCAGAGUGACUUCCUUAAGGAUGUUGACCUCAGCAAAAUGGCACCUCCAGACCUUCCCCACUGGCAGGAUUGCCACGAGCUGUGGAGCAAGAAACGCCGACGGCAGCGGCAAAGCGGGAUCGCAGUGGAGGAGCCACCGUUAUCAAAAGUUUCUCGGAAAGAAACUACCUCUGUUACAAGCACAGACACUGUCAAAAACAACAGCAGUCCUGUGCACCCACAGCCUGCCCAGCUCAAAACAGAGUCUGGCACUGGAGAUGCAGUAGGCCUUGGAGACAUCACCCAGCAGCUGAACCAGAGCGAACUCGCUGUUUUACUGAACUUGCUGCAGAGCCAGACUGAUCUGAGUGUCCCACAGAUGGCCCAGCUGUUGAACGUACACUCUAACCCAGAGAUGCAGCAGCAGCUGGAGGCUCUCAACCAGUCCAUCAACGCUCUGACAGAAGCCACGACUCAGCAGCACGAGUCUCAGGCAGCGGCGGCGGCAGCGGCGGCAGAGGAAGCCAUAGAAGAGCCACCCGCGGAGGCCCAGCUACCGGAGGAGCAGGCGACUCCAGAAACAGCCAGUGCUCAGGGAGAUAUGCAGAACGUGCUGGCCGUUCUGCUGAGUCAGCUGAUGAAGAGCCAGGAACCUGUUAUCGCGCUGGAGGAGAGCAACGGGGAGAAGAGCAGUGAGCAACGGGGGCCAAGGAAAACCCCGACAAUGCAUCCGGAGGAAAGUACAGCAUGUCCUCCUCGCAUUCUCCCACCAGAGAAGAGACCCCCUGAGCCCCCCGGACCACCGCCACCGCCGCCUCUGGCUGAAGGCGCAGAUCUCUCCGGCGCAGCCCAAGAGUUGAACCCGGCCGUGACGGCUGCACUGCUGCAGCUCUUUUCCCAGCAAGACACGGAGCCCCUCGGCCACACGCCCCACGACCACCAAGCCCCAAGAGCCACGGACUACGGCAGGUCCCACUCCUCCAGGACUUACAGCGCCGAGGGCUCGGAGGGGGGAUUCGGUGCCGAGGAGCUGAAUUCGAGCCAGACGCUACUAGAACCUUCUGCCCAGCCUCUGGGGAAAAGCAGGACCUUCUUGGGCUCCAUGAGCCACCUUGGGGAGACGAGCAAUUACCAGGGCACAGGAUCUGUCCAGUUUCCAGGGGACCAGGACCUCCGCUUCGCCAGGGUCCCCGUCACCGUACACUCGGUUGGGCAAUCUUUUACGAAAGCCGAGGGGAGCAACAACACGCUGGUACAUCCAGAGGCCAAAAUUCAAAAUUACAACGAAUUGGGACCGGGGACGGCCGGUUCCAGUGGGGCAGGAACAGGUCACAGCUGGGGUGCCCCAACCCAGGCGACUUCUUCUUACGGGAAGGCGUACCGUGGGCCCGGCAGAGUGCCUCCGCGGGGGGGACGGGGCAGGGGGGUUCCUUACUGAGCGCUGCGCCUUCGCCCUCCCCUCUCCACCUUUAGCGACAUGAUUCUUUAUUUUAUUUUAAAUUUUUUUUUUUUUUUUUUUUUUUUUUUGCCAGAGCAAGGUUUCGUCCGCAUUUCAGCUGCUGCAAAGCUCCCCCUUGUAUUCCUUGCUAGGCUGCUGGCGGGCACCCCGGGACUUGCUGUAGGGUUCCCCACUUGGGGGGCUCGCUGGCCCAAAACCUCUCGCGCUUGGUUAGUGGCAAAACAAACAAAACAAAAACAAACAAACAAACAAAAAAAUACCCACCCCACACACCACCAAAACCCACCGCAAACAGCGGUGAGCUUUCUGCCCUGAGCCAGCGGAGAGGGGGGGAAUCAUUUAAAAAUAGGAAUGAAACAAACCCAACCAUGUGGGAAGAGGGAAAUAUAUUAAAAAAAAAUAAAUAAAAAAAUAAAAAAUGUUAAGCUGGGCACCGGUGCUUCUCGCUGGGGGAAGUGUGGACCAGUGUUCAGGUAGGGCUGGGGGAGAGUAAUUCCCAAAGCUUUUUUUUUUUUUUUUUUUGGCUUUCUUUCCCAAUUCCCAUAAAUUAAAAAAGAAAAAAAGGAGAAGGAAAAAAAAAAAAAUGAAAAAAGGGAAUAUUUUGAUGCAGAGGCACCUGGAUCGGUUAUCCUGGCUGUGGAGGCUUGUUACUCAAUUUAUCCAACAUUGUUUUAGUUCCAUAAAGUAUCUGGCCGUCCCUCUCCUCGGGCUCUGCAGGGUGCUGGGGCUGCUACGGGGCCAGAUCCUGAUCCUUGCUCAGCCGCUUCGGGAAAUUGGCUUUUGUGAAGGGUCUCUUUGGGUUUUGUACCUCUCCUGCCAGAACUUUGCGGUGGGAAUGGUCUUUUUUUUUUUUUUUUUUUUUUUUUUUUUUUUUUCUCUCCUUUCUUUAAGAGCCGAAGAGAACACCUCACUUUAAAAAAAAAAAUAAGUAUUUCUUUGUAAUUCGUAACUUCCAAAACACUUUAGGAAUUAAAAAAAAAAAAAAAAAAAGGAAAAAAAAUUCCUUUUGGUGGGGAAUUGCCACCAGGGAGGAGUGUCUUUUGGAGCCGGCAUCCUUCUGGGCUGGGGGUGUAUGUCCCGCUGGGGGUCGGACGGGCUCCUCCAGCAGCAUCUCAGUACUUGGAGGCUUCCCAGGUGUUAAAUGUAUCAUUUCUAUAAGCAUAUAUAUUUUUGUUGUUGUCGAGGAAGUAUUUCCAAUUCAUUUUCUCCUCCCGCAGAACGUUGCGGUGUUGUCCGUUUCAAUGAGACUUCAAAAAAAAAAAGAGAUGAAUAAAACAAAGGUACAUAUUUAUGAGCUUUUUUUUUUUUUUUUUUUUUUCCUGAGUAGGGCUUUCCUAUGGAAAACAUAUGGUGGUUCUUUUUAUUUUUAGAGACGACAGUGUUCUGAAGCGUUAAACGGGUGGGAAUUGGGGGGGGAGGGGGUUGGGAGGGCAGAGAGACCUUCUUGCUACUAACAGGAUUUGAUUUCAUUUCUUUUUAUACAGAGAGAUAAAUGAAAAAGAAAAAAAAAAAUGCACCUGAAGAGGUGGUGCUUCUCUAACUGGGGAAAAAAAAACCUGCCUUACACAGCCAGACCCACGGCUGCACCCCGCAGCUUUGCCGUGGGAGGAAGGAGGGGAGAGAAAAUAAAUUAAAAAAAAAAUAUAUAUAUAUAUAUACACACGGUGAUGGGCAAGGCCCCUGCGUGAGCAGGGUCCGGGGGCUCUCGUAGUGUUGAGUCAGCACCGAGGAGCGACACCGUUUGCAAAAUUCCAAGUGUAAAUUUGUUUGGUUUUAGGGUAUUUUUUGAGUUCUGGUUUUGUUUUGGUUUGGUUCUUUUUUAAUUGCUAGUUCAUGCCUGAUGUGCAGGAAAAAAAAAGUUCUGUAAGAUGCAGAGUGCACUAAAUAAACCGGUCACCUCUUGAGGAA